AUGUGGGCCAAUGAGGGCGGGCUAGGGAGGGAAAGGAGAUUCCAUCCCCAUACCAAUUUCCUGCAAGCCUGCCAGAGACCCGAUAACGAUGGUGAUUCCUGGAACGCAUCAGCAUCAACGACGAUGACGAUUCCCUCCCCUGUCAAGUCAUUCGAAGGCUCUUCAGAAACUGGAGGACCAACAGAAGGCAACAGGGAAGAAACUUUGAAUGCAUCAUUUUCUCUGGUAGUGGCAUUGCCUUCCAUAGUUACAUCAUUCAGCAUGGUUCAGGACAAAUCAGGUGAGAUCCAUCCAGCAGAAUCUAACAACUCCCUAAAUCAGAGUGUUUCUGAUAUCCAUGCUCUACCAUCUCCCAGGUCAUUUGUGUCAUUUGAUGAGGCACCAUUUGGACACAAGGUACCAGUGCAGUUGGAACCACCCCCCCACGGUGCGAACUGGAAAAACCUGGAAGACUCAGUCCGAAUCCUUCAUUCUCCCCCAAAGAAUUUCUCAAUCUUCAUGGAAAUGUCAUCAUUCACAGUAGCACCUAACACUAUGAGAAACACUCCACCUAUUUGGGGGCAUGUAACAAACUUGCCCAAACCACCGGACUGGAGAUCUCUUGAUCUGGAGAAGUAG